AUGGCUAGCGAAAAGUACCCCCAGCAGACGUUUGACGAGUUUCCACCCGUCCCCCAGGACGAGGUGACGCUCACUCUGAAGCGUGACUGGACGCCAGAGGAAGAGGCUCGUGCCAAGCGCAAGCUGGAUUUCAUCAUCAUGCCAAUUCUCACCCUCGGCUUCUUCUGUCUCCAACUGGACCGUGGAAACAUUGCCAACGCGCUCACGGACAACUUUCUCAAAGACGUUGGCAUCAGCCAGAACCAGUUCAACGUGGGGCAGCAGAUGCUGUCGCUGGGUAUCGUUCUGUUUGAAGUCCCGUCCAACAUGAUCCUCUAUCGCGUCGGACCUGGAAAGUGGCUCACCCUGCAACUGUUCCUCUUUGGCAUCGUGUCCACGUUCCAAGCGUUCCAGCGUGGCUACGCGCCCUUUAUCGCCACACGCUUCCUCCUGGGUCUCACCGAGUCGGGAUUCAUCCCCGGCGGUCUCUGGACCCUCUCGACGUGGUACACGCGCGCCGAGACGGCCAAGCGCGUCAUGUUCUUUUACUUUGGCAACCAGAUCGGACAGGCGAGCUCCAAGCUCCUCGCGUACGGCAUCUUGCACAUGCGCGGUGUCGGCGGGCAGCCAGGAUGGUUCUGGCUGUUCGCCCUCAUGGGUUCGUUUACCGUUGCCGCGGGCGUGGUGUUUGGCCUGUUCCUGCCCGACUCGUUCAACAACCCCUCGUCGACGUUUUUGCCGCGCAAGGUGUGGUUCACGGAACGCGAGAUUCACAUUCUUCGCACCCGCGUGGUGCUCGACGACCCCAUGAAGGGCAAGAAGAAGAAGCAUAUUGGACUGGAUGCGUUUAAGCGAGCAUUUGGCUACUGGCGCCUUUGGAUCCACCUCUUCAUCACACUGUGCAACAAUGGCCCGCAGCGUGCGUUUGACACGUACUCGCCUUCCAUUGUCAACUCGUUUGGUUUUGCUCCGCUCACCAGUAACGCACUGGCUUCGGUGGGAUUCUGGAUCCAGGUCCCCGUGUCAUAUGCGUUCAGCUACGUAUCGGAUCACUUCAAUCGACGCGGUGAGACGGUCAUCACGGGCCUCUCGUGCCAUCUGCUGGGCUACGUCUUCAACCGCAUCUUUACAGAGAUCAAUAACCGUGGCCUGCGCUACUUUGGCGUCGUGUGGACGCAGACGUUUGGCACGUUCUCGCACCCUCUCAACAUUGCGUGGAUGUCGCUCACCGCGCGUGACUCGGAGGAGCGCGCACUCGCCAUGGCAAUGGUCAUCAUGGGCGCCAACACGGCCGGUAUCUACGGUGCGCAGAUCUUCCGCGCAGACGACAAGCCUCGCUACCGCCGCGGGUUCAGUAUCAACAUUGCCGUACUGUCUGUCGGUGUCGCCCUCGCCGUGGUCCGGUUCAUCGAUCAGCUGCGUACCCGCCGCCGGGCUGUUGAGGAAGAGGCGACCACCGCAAGCACCGAGUCGACCUCUAGCGUCGAGUACGCCGGUGACAGCCGUGGCCCUUCCUCCCCAGGGCUGGAGUCUGACUCGAAGGUUUAG